AAUCUUCGAAUGUUACAAGAUUUCUUCAUGUCAAAUUUUCUCAUCUUUUUUAUUUUAUUUUAGAGUAUAAAACAAUUCUAUUAGUUCGGAUCACAUGAAAUACGCUGUUUCCUUCACCCAAAAUUUAGAAAAAAAUAAAAAUAAAAAUUGAUUAGAUAAUACAGAGUGUUGAGUUCAUAAAACAAGAGAGACUAGUAGUAGUUUUCUCUCUCUCUCUCUCUCUCUCUCUCUCUCUCUCUCUCUCUAUUUGUCUCUUUGUAACAGAACAUCGAAUAAGGGAAAGAAGGAAGAUAAUGGCAAUAGGUACGGAGGAGAAGGUAGGAGGAGGAGAUGGACCUACUGCUUGAAUUUUGGCGGGGGCGGGGGCACAAACGGUCUCUUUCAAUGAUUCUCUUGUCCAGUGUGGGUUCCCCAGUUUCCUCUCACCACUGUCCCAUCUAAUCACUCUUUCCAACUUGCCUACUCUCAAAAACCAUGAGAUAGAAAUAUAGAGAGAGAGAUUGAUAACAUUUCUUUCCAAAAGUUUUGAUUUUUUUUUCACCAUCUCUGUGUGACUUACAGCGAAGGAAGAAGCCUAAUAAAAUAAGAUCUCUCAGAUUGUUUGUCAAUAUCUUUUUUUUUUUUCUUUUUUUUUUUAAAUUUAGGUUUCCUGGAGAAGGAGAGAGAGAUCACAGAUCUUCUAUUCAUAUGAAGAGAUCUUUCCUUCUCUUGUAUGUGCUCCUGGUACAUGCCUUCUAUGGUGCUUGGUCUAGUAGUGUUGGAGGAAGCCUGCAUUGUGAAUAUUCCAAUUUAGCGAAUCUUCACCGGCCUCACAGCGUAUCCAUUACAGAGUUUGGAGCGGUUGGUGAUGGCGUGACUCUAAACACCAAAGCCUUUCAGAACGCUUUGUUCUACCUCAAUUCUUUCUCUGAUAAAGGCGGUGCUAAGCUUUUUGUUCCCGCUGGUCAGUGGCUUACCGGGAGUUUCGACCUCAUCAGUCACCUCACCUUAUGGCUAGAUAAAGGUGCAACGAUUCUCGGGUCAACGAGCUCAGAGGAUUGGCCAGUGGUUGAGCCAUUACCAUCAUAUGGACGUGGAAGAGAAUUACCUGGUCAAAGGCAUAGGAGUCUUAUAUAUGGUCAGAAUCUCACAGAUGUAGUCAUAACAGGCGAGAACGGGACAAUCAAUGGUCAAGGAAGUAUAUGGUGGGAUUGGUUUAGAAAUGGAGAGCUAAAUUAUACAAGACCUCAUCUUGUUGAGCUCAUGAACUCUACUGGUCUGAUCAUCUCCAACCUCACAUUCCUGAAUUCACCGUUUUGGAACAUUCAUCCUGUUUAUUGCAGAGAUGUUGUUGUAAAGAAUCUUACAAUUUUGGCUCCUCUUGAAUCUCCAAAUACAGACGGAGUUGAUCCAGACUCAUCAACUAAUGUUUGCAUAGAGGAUUGUUACAUAGUUACCGGAGAUGAUUUAGUGUCGAUAAAAAGUGGAUGGGAUGAGUAUGGAAUAUCAUACGCAAGACCGAGCUCCAAGAUCAAGAUCAAUAGGUUAACAGGUCAAACUACUUCAAGCUCAGGAGUCUCAAUAGGAAGUGAAAUGUCAGGAGGUGUAUCCGAAGUAUAUAUCAAAGACUUACAUUUAUUCAAUUCGAGUACUGGAAUCAGGAUCAAGACUUCUCCGGGAAGAGGAGGGUAUGUCAGAAACGUACACGUCUUGAACGUGAAGCUAGAUAAUGUAAAGAAAGCGAUAAGGUUCACGGGUAAGUACGGUGAACAUCCUGAUGAAAAUUUUGAUCCCAAAGCGCUCCCAGUUAUCGAGAAAAUAACGUUUGAGAAUGUUCAUGGCGGUGGGAUCGGUGUUGCGGGUCUUCUUGAAGGUAUAGAAGGAGAUGAGUUCAAGAAUAUAUGUUUCCUUAAUGUCACUCUUACAGUGAAGAAGAAGAAUUCGAAGAAGUCUCCAUGGGAAUGCUCAAAUGUUAGAGGUUAUUCACAGUGGGUUUCGCCGGAGAUUACUUGUGAUUCUUUGAAAGAGAGUAUAUUCCCGGAGCAUCAGUCUGAUUGUUUUGGGUUAUCGGAAAAUAAUCUGGAGAUAUCAAGUGGUUUAAGUAGAUCACCAUGGUUACUUUCUUGGUAAGUUACUGUGAAGUUUUGAAAACAGUUUGCUUGAUUCUAAAGAAACCUCUUUCGAUUUCUCCUUACAAUUUUUCCUUCAGAGGUUUCGUUUUCUUACAGUGAUGCUUUCAUUUUUUUUUUUUUUGCUGUUUUGUUGUAAUUUGUAAAUUUGUGUGCAGUGAGAAAAAAUAAUCAGAGUGGCUUAAGAUUUUUUUUCUCUUUCUUUCUUUUUGGUUUUUGUUUUUUUUCUUGUAUGGGCUUUUUAGUGCUUUGGUGGAGCGGAAACCAAGUGUAAUAUCUCCGACAGAGUCUUUUUGGAAUUUUUUGACAAUUAUCUUUCGUUCUCAA